CCCUGCCUCUGAGGGGCACCUUUCGCUUCCCACCCACUAUCCCGUCCAUACAACCAAACCACAUCCCACCGCUCGCUCGCCCUCUCUCGCACUCCCCGAGCCUCGAGUCUUGAGAGCCUCAUCCUUCGCAGAGCCGCGCGCCGUCCACUAACCUCUUUGCCGUAGAAGCUGCGGAGCUUCGCCGAUGUGAUUAGACGUCCCGGUCUCCCCCCUCCCGACUCUCUGACCCCUCCGCGACGCUCUCACACAUCCUAUUCAUCUCCGUCUCCGCCGUCCGCCGUCCGCCGCCCACCAUGUCGUGGCAACCCGCCCCGGAGUCGCUGCAGCAGCUUGCUUCAUGCCUCAAGGACUCACUCAGUGGCUUCGACAAGAAUGCCCAGAAGCAGGCCGACCACAUGCUCCAGCAGGCCAAGAACUCGCCCGACGUCAACAACUACCUCGCCUACCUCUUCUCGAGCUCUCAGCCCCCCGAUGGCCUCCAAUUCACUGAGCAAGACUUCCACCUCGUGCGCUCUGCCGCCGGCAUCAUGCUGAAGAACAAUGUCCGCUCCGACUGGAAAACCAUCCCCGACACCAGCCUGCAACUCAUCAAGCUUGCCGUCCCCAUGUGCUUGCAGGACAAGAACUCUCAGAUCCGAAACUUCGCCGGAAACAUUGCGACAGAGGUCAUCCGCCGUGGCGGUUUGCUGGGCUGGCCCGAGCUGCUUCCCCAGCUUCUUGACCUCAUCUCCAACUCCAGCGGCCAUGUCUCCAACGAGGCACAGGAGGGCGCCAUGUCCGCCAUGGCCAAGAUCUGCGAAGACAACUUCCGCAUGCUGACCAAGGAGGUCAAUGGCCAGCGACCCUUGAAUUACGUUCUACCCCAGCUCAUUGCUGCCACCAAGAACCCCCUGCCCAAGGUCCGAGCCGGUGCCUUGACGGCCAUCAACGUCUUCACCCCCCGUGAGUCGCAGGCCAUGCUCAACUCCAUCGACGACCUCCUCCAGCACCUCUUUAUCCUGGCCAGUGACGACAACACCGAUGUGCGCCGCCAAGUCUGCCGUGCCUUUGUCCAGCUUGUCGAGACCCGUCCCGAUAAGCUGCUGCCGCACACCACUGGUCUCGUCGACUACAUCAUCAGCCAGCAAAAGUCUGAUGAUGAGGACCUGGCCUGUGAGGCCGCCGAGUUCUGGCUCGCUGUUGGCGAGCACGAAAACCUCUGGGCCGACCUGAAGCCCCACCUAGGCAAAAUCAUUCCCGUCCUACUUGAGUGUAUGGUCUACAGCGGGGAGGACAUUGCCCUGCUUGGAGGUCAGUCCGACGAUGAGGAAGAGGAAGAUCGUGAGGAGGAUAUCAGACCUGCCUUUGCCAAGAAGGCUGCAGCACGGACUGCCAACGGCGAAAACUCGGCAUCGGCCGACCCCAACGAGAACGGCAAUGCCUUCGAGAAGCUGGCCAGCAUGGACGAGGACUUGGAGGAGGGAGAGCUCGACGACUAUGAUGACGGUGACGAUUCCAACCCUGACGAGAGAUGGACCAUUCGCAAGUGCUCCGCUGCUGCCCUCGACGUCUUCGCCCGCGAUUUCCGGGACCCUGUCUUCGAGGCCAUCUUCCCCUACCUUUCGCAGAACCUGAAGCAUCAAGAGUGGCCUUACCGAGAGGCGGCUGUGCUCGCAUUGGGAGCUGUGGCUGAGGGCUGUAUGGAUGUCGUCAAGCCUCACCUGCCCGAGCUCGUACCAUACCUCAUCUCCCUACUGGAGGACCAGGAGCCCGUUGUGCGCCAGAUUACCUGCUGGACUCUCGGCCGUUACUCGUCCUGGGCCGCUAACCUGCAGGACCAGCAGAAGGACCAGUUCUUCGUCCCCAUGAUGGACGGUAUUCUCCAAAAGAUGCUGGACAAGAACAAGAAGGUUCAGGAGGCUGGCGCCUCGGCGUUUGCCAACCUCGAAGACAAGGCGGGCAAGAUCCUGGAGCCAUACUGUGGGCCUAUUAUUUCUCAGUAUGUCCGAUGCUUCGCCAAGUACAAGGAUCGCAACAUGUACAUUUUGUACGACUGCAUCCAGACCCUUGCUGAGCAUAUUGGACCCGUCCUGGCGCGACCCGACUUGGCCAACCAGUUGAUGCCCGCCUUGAUCGAUCGAUACAACAAGGUCUCAGAUCAGUCACGCGAGCUCUUUCCCCUGCUCGAGUGUCUGUCUUAUGUGGCUAUGGCUAUGCACGAUGCUUUCGCCCCGUAUGCCGAGCCGAUCUUCUUGCGAUGCGUCAACAUCAUUCACGUCAACCUCGAGCAGAGCAUGGCCUAUGCCAGCAACCCAGCUCUGGAACAGCCUGACAAAGACUUCCUCGUCACUAGCCUGGACCUUCUUAGCGCGAUUAUCCAGGCCCUGGAUGACGAUAAGUCUGCAGCCCUCGUCAAGAGCUCGCAGCAGUCAUUCUUCGAACUCCUUGGUUUGUGCAUGGAGGACCCCGCCGAUGAGGUCCGCCAGUCGGCGUACGCCUUGCUCGGUGACUGCGCCAAGUAUGUUUACCCUCUGCUACAACAGUACCUCCCUACUAUCUUCCCUAUCAUGCUGAAGCAGCUCGAUAUGGACACUGUUCUGGAUGAGGAGAUCGACAGUGGGUUUGGCGUCGUUAACAACGCGUGCUGGUCUGCCGGCGAGAUUUCCAUGCAGCACAAGUCGGGAAUGUCACAUUGGGUCCCUGAGCUCCUUCAGAGAUUUAUCGAGAUCAUGACCAACCCCCGUGUGCCCAAGGCGCUCAACGAGAACGCCGCCAUGGCCCUCGGACGUUUGGGACUGGACAACUCGGAACAACUUGCACCUGCACUUGGCACGUUUGCCGAGGAAUGGUUGAACUCGAUGGAAGAGGUUGAGCCUACCGAGGAGAAGGCCACGGCAUUCAAGGGAUUCUCGAUGAUUGUCGGCCGUAAUCCCCAGGCCAUGGAGAAGGUUCUUCUCCAAUACUUCGCGGCCAUUGCUCGGUAUCGCGAUAUCAACCUCAACAGCCCCAUCAAGCAAGAGCUGCAUGACGUUUUCCAGAACGUUCUCUCUGCUUACAAGCAGAUGAUCCCCCAGUUCGGCGACUUCCUAGGACAGUUGCAAGCAAAGGAUCGACAAGCCCUGGAAGCCCACUACACUCUAUAGGUACAGUAGUUGGUGGCGCAUCUUUGGGUCCAACACAUUACAUUGGUAUCUUGACGGC